UAUAAUAUAAUAGUACAAUGUAGUGAAGUAGUAGUCGUGUAGUAAUAAUAUAGUAAAUAGUGUAGUUUAUUAGUAUAGUGUAGAAAUUGUGUAAAAGUAUAGUUAAUAUAGCUAUAAUGUACUAACAGCAUAGUAGUUUAGUAUAGGUGUAUGGUUGGUGUACCAAUAGUGUAGCAGUAUUAGGGAUGUCCCGAUCCGAUCACGUGAUCGAAAAUCGGGGUCGAUCACGUGAGAGAGAUCAUUUUUAUUCAUUUUCUGACAUUUUAAAUAUCACAAAGUGGCUAAAUAAUCCAAAGGUACAAAUAUCUUGCCAAAUGGAGCAUUAAAACCUAGGUUUAUAUGAAACAAAUGUAACUUUUUGGGGUAUAUUUUAGUCCUAGUAGAACAGAAGAGAGUCUGCAUGCGUGUCUGGCCACCCUGAGCGUGCUUUUAACUGUUUGGCACCGCAGGUGUUGUUUACUGUUAAAAUAAAGACGCAACAAAAAGAAUUCCACACAUUGGAUAUUUAAAUACAAGCAAGACACAUGAUCGUUUGAGAAAUUGCUAGCUUAAUGCUAACAGUCAAUGGAAGCCCCCAUUGAGGGGCUAGCUAGAAUUAGCAUUAGAUCACAGGUAGGCUUUACCUACAAAUAACGAACAUUUCUACACAGACUCCGUAGUAACACGCAUAGACGGGUAAUAUAACAAUACCCUUCAGAAUCUGUGAAAAACGAGUGAAACCGUUUUAUUUCUUUUCUUUCUUUACUGGAAACGUGGAGCUCCAUGCAUGCGUCGCACCACAGUGCCGCUAAGAGGCCAAGGCGUGCACAGCUGAUGCAGUCAUUUUCCCGCCUGAGUGUCUGACAUGAAAUCGGACUGAAAUUUUCCUGAUUCAGGUCAAUUAGUGGCCGACUGGUUAGAGCGUCAGCCUCACAGUUCUGAGGACCCGGGUUCAAUCCCCGGCCCCGCCUGUGUGGAGUUUGCAUGUUCUCCCCGUGCCUGCGUGGGUUUUCUCCGGGCACUCCGGUUUCCUCCCACAUCCCAAAAACAUGCAUUAAUUGGAGACUCUAAAUUGCCCGUAGGCAUGACUGUGAGUGCGAAUGGUUGUUUGUUCCUAUGUGCCCUGCGAUUGGCUGGCAACCAGUUCAGGGUGUACCCCGCCUCCUGCCCGAUGACAGCUGGGAUAGGCUCCAGCACGCCCGCGACCCUAGUGAGGAGAAGCGGCUCAGAAAAUGGAUGGAUGGAUGGAUAGGUCAAUUAGGAUUACCAAAAUUAUUUCUAUUCGCUAAACAUAUAUUGUUUUUUUGAAUUCCGUUCUGGCAGCGUGCAAGUCCUCAAGAGUGGAUCGGGGGGUACCGACAGUUUUUUCAGCAGUCCUGAUUGUCCGUUGCAGUCUGAGUUUGUCCUUUUUUGUGGCGGCACCACACUGAUGACUGCGGUUCAGAACUGCCUCAACAGUUCCCGUGGCAGGCCGUGCUUCCCCAGCAGGAAGUAGCUUGAAGUUCUUGGCGCUUGACACAGGGCAGUUGGACAGUGUGAGCUGCAGCUGUGGCCAAGGAUGUUUCCUGAAGUCCACCAUCAUCUCUACAGUCCAGGUUGUGUCGGCCGGAGCGAGGCUUCCUGUCCGUACGCAGACUCGCCACCGUCUUUGAUGAGGCCGACGACUGCGGUGUCGUCUGCGAACGUCAGGAGUUUGACAGCCGGGUGCGUUGAGGUGCAGUCGUUCGUGUAGAGAGAGAAGAGCAGCGGAGAGCGGGCGCAUCCUUGGGGCGUCCCGGUGCCGGUGGUGCGUGUGGAUGAGGGGGUCAGGAAGAUUGAAGAUCUGUGUGAAGACCGGAACGAGCUGGUCUGCACGGACUUUGAGGCUGGAUGGGGACACAAGGUCUGAGCCCGCCGCCUUGUUGAUCUUUUGUCGUUUGCAGAUGCGUCUCACAUCCUGUUCGUGGGUAGUCAACGCAGAAGGGGGAGGAGUGAUGGUGGUCGCUGGGGUGUGAAAGUGGCCUUUUCAAAUCUGCACUAGGGGUUCAAGUCGUCAGAGUAAUAGUAGUGUAUAUAGCAUAGUAAAUGUUGUAAGUUAGUAGUACAGUGUAGUAAUAAUGCAGCAUGAGUAUAGUUAUGGUGUACUGACAGUAGUUGUAUAGUGAAAGUGUAGAACUAGUGUACUAAUUAUAUAGUAAAUGGUGUAGUUUAGUAGUAUAGUAAUAGUGUGACAGUGUAUUUAGUAUAGCGGUGCACUGGUAUUACUGGUAUAGUAGUGGAGUAUCAUUAUGCGUAUAGAUAUAGAUAGUUUAACAACAGUAUAGAAAUGGUGUACUGAUAUUGUAGUAAUACCCCAUAUAGUAGCGUAGCAGUAUUAGUGUCGUAAUGGUACAGUAUAGUGUGGUAUAGUACAGUAACAGUAUAGUAUGCUAAUCUUGUAGUAUGGUAUAGUAGGCUAUAUAGUACUAGUGUCCUGGCAGUAUAUCAGUAGUUUGGUAGUAGCGCUGGUGAUUGUAAAAUGUAAGCGAGUAGAUUAGCAGAUUAGCAUGUUAGGGAUGUUUGGUAUGCGGAGAAGCUGAAACAAAAGCUCAGCGGACCACAAGAUCUCUAAUCUGCACACAACGCACACACUCAGGCAACACAGGUGCAUUGUGGGACAUGUAGACGCCAGCGGACGUCACGAGACCAUACAACUGGGAUCGCUACGCGUGUGUGUCAAGUGGGUGCCGGUCCAAAUGGUAGCGAUGAGGUUUUCUGUAGCUGCUGCGGUUCUGCUUCUGCUCUUCGGCCAGUCCGCAGUCUUUGGUCUGCUUCCCACGCUGGACCUGGACCGGGACCGCUCCUUCAGGAUGCGGACCGUGGCACAGGACUCGUCCAUCCCCCCGGAACUACCUGUGAUCUGGACCGAGCUGAUGGGAUUGAGACAGCUAGUACUCAGUCUUCAGGCGGCGGUGGUGGACCAGCGCCAGGCCCUCCGGACUUCCGAAAGCCGCCAGAGGGACGGACAGGAGGCAGCGGAGAAGCAGAGCCUGCAGCUGGACGCCGUGCAGGUACAGAUAGAGGCGGACAGGAAGAUGUUCUUCGGUCUUCAGGCGGCUGCGGUGGACCAGCGCCAGGCCAUGCGGACCGCCGAGACCCGUCUGAGGCACGGUGAGGAGGCGGCGGAGAAGCAGAGACUGGUUCUGGACUCAUUGCAGGUUCAGAUGGAGGCAGACAGAAAGAUGAUGAGCGAGAUCCAUGCUGACCUCAGGAAGAGGGAGGAGCACCAGCAAGAGGAAGUGUGGAGACUGCAGUCCAGACUGAACACCAGUGAAAGUUCUGUGGAGGACUUGCAGAAGAAGACAUCAUUCCUGGCUGGCGAACUUCCCUUCCUGAGGACGAGGCUGAGGUCCAGUGAGAGCGCCCUGGACCAGCUUAGGAGGAAGAGCGCAGUCCUCGCGUCUCGCCUUUGCCUGGUGGAGGAUCUGAGGAAGCGGAGUUCAGUCGAGGACUUUGAAGUCCAAGGCCAUCAGAACUCCAGCCAGGGUCACAUGGCGGCCUCGAGUGCGGACCAAGAUGGCCGACGGUGGGAGGAGAAGUCCCGUCUGGACACAGAUUCAUCACAUCUACACCACAACGUGAGCGCUCUCCAUGCUCGACUGCUGCACCUUGAGGGCAAAGUGAUGACUACAGAAAGACACCUACAGGACAUCAGCGAUUCAUCACAUCUACACCACAACGUGAGCGCUCUCCAUGCUCGACUGAUCCACCUGGAGGGCAAAGUGACGAUAGGAGAGCGACACCUACAGGACAUCAGAGCUGCUGUGGUGAACACACUGAACGACACACAGAUACAAAGUGAAGGGUUGCAGGUGCGACUGAGUGUGGUGGAGAACCUUGUGGAGGAUCUGCAGACUGACAAGUCUGUCCAGUCAAGUCAACUUUCCAGCAUGGAAGCACAACUGUCUGACGGGCGCAACAACACCUCAGCUCUCGAGGGCAGCUUGAGGUCGGCCGAGGCUCGCGUGGAGAAGCUGAAGGUUCUGUGCUCAGCUCAGACAACGCAAACGUCCGACAUAGGCGCACGACUAGCGCGCAACAUGGACGACACCGCAGCAUUGGAGGUCCGACUGAACGUCAGCGAUAAACUUCUGGAACAACUCAAGACUCACAGUGCAGUGUUUCAGGCGGAGUUGAAUACGAGCAAGCAGAAGCUGAACACCUGGAAGGCGACAACCGAAGAGUUGAUCUCACGUUUGCAUGUUUUGGAGCAACGCGGCACGCAGACGUCAGGCGAGACCAAGGUGGCGUUCGCAGCAGCGCUCACCGACUCGGGAUCCGUGGGACCUUUUGACCGGGAGACCACUGUGAUCUUCUCCAAGGUUUUCGCCAACGUCGGGCGGGCGUACAACGAGACCUCGGGCAUGUUCACGGCCCCCAUGGACGGCGUUUACGUGUUCAGCUUCACGGCGGCCGACUUCCUGAAAGGCUACAUGGGCGUCACCUUGUACCGCAACCAGCAGCCGAUCGUCUCCAGUCUGGACCUCAACGACCACGGCGGCUACGCGUCAGCCUCCAAUGGCGCACUAAUCCUGCUGGAGGCGGGAGACCACGUACGUCUCAGCCUGCCCGCCAGCUACAGACUCUAUGACGACACGCGCAGCUUUAGCGUCUUUAGCGGAUUCCUGCUAUUCCCGCUUGAGGCCGAUCAAUAAACAGUCUUCUUCUACUAACAUAACAGACAAUGUUGAUCCCCAAGCACAAUGUGACAUGCUAACAUAAGAAUGUCCUACUCAGGAACAACGUGAUGUGCUAGCAUCCACGCUAACAUAAUCAAAUCUUCUGCCCGGAAAUAACAAAUGUGACUAAGCAGUACAUGAGAUGUUAAUGUGUUAGCAUCCAUGCUAACAAAAGCAGACAUUGUUGCAAACAUUUAUUUAAGAACUUUUUAAAUAUCUCAAAAAAGUCGUGACAUGUUUUGAGGUCAACUGUAACUCAUCCAGCUGUUAUGAUUCCAUGGUUACAGGGAACAGGAAGCGAUUGUUAAGUCAAUAAAGUUUUGUUAAAAUUGCA